CGCUUCACUCCACUCUCUGCUCAGGAGGAGCUUCAGGAUUUUCACUUGUUCCGUGCAACAUCUCAUUUGAAGACUCGUUUACCAAGGAGCUAACGCCUGCGACUAAGAGGGGGAAAGGUAUCUGAACUUCCCAGCUGACUAACAGACCCUGCAGUGUUGUCUUCCCUACCAGUAGACUGAAUGACCAGACCAGACCAGGCAGUGCUCCCAGUGUAUCUGGACUGGACCAUUUGGACUAUUUGGCCUCAGUGUCCCAGACUCUGCAGUGGUACCAUCAGUAUUGGACUAUAUAGACUGUAUUUGGACUGACUGACCAGCUCCAGUGAGCCUCCCUCCCUCCUUCCCUCCCAGCAGGCAACAUGACCCCUCAGACCCUUUAAACCCAGACCUCUCCAACAGCCAGUCCACAUGGACACCGCCUCCACCCACUGGCAGCAAGGCAUCCUGGGUAACGACAGUCUCGGCCUCCACCUCGACCGGCCGGGGUUCCACUCUGACGUCACCAAGCAUGUAGGAGUCCAGGCUGCUUUGAUCACAGCGUAUAGUCUGAUCAUCUUACUGGGUCUAGUAGGCAACGCCCUAGUCAUCUACAUGAUCAUCCACUUCCGGAACAUGAGGACAGUCACUAACUUCUUCAUAGCUAACCUGGCCCUGGCCGACCUGUUGGUGGAUACUUUGUGUUUACCGUUCACACUGGUUUAUACUUUGCUCGACGAGUGGAAGUUCGGCGCAGUGCUGUGUCACAUGGUCCCGUUCGCCCAGGCGUUGAGCGUGCACGUGUCGAUCCUGACGCUGGCCGUCAUCGCUCUGGAGCGCUACAGGUGUAUUGUGUUCCACCUGGGCCAGCGCCUCACCUGGCGAAGCAGCCUGCUCAUCAUGGCUUUCACCUGGACGCUGUCCGCCGUGCUGGCCAGCCCGCUCGCCAUCUUCAGAGAGUACCGUCAGGAGGAGAUCCCGUCCAUCAACCUGAGGAUCUCGGUCUGCUAUGAGAAGUGGCCUUACGGCAGCAGCAGAGACGGAGUCAUUUACAGCCUGUCUAUGUUACUGCUGCAGUACGUGCUGCCACUCUCCAUCAUCAGUUAUGCUUACAUCUGCAUCUGGGUGAAGCUGAAGAACCACGUGAGUCCGGCGAGCCGCAUCGACGCCGUCCAGCGCAGGAAGAAGACCACCAAGAUGCUGGUUAUGGUGGUUGUGGUCUUCGCCACAUGCUGGCUGCCCUUCCACGUGUUUCAACUAGCCAGUGACCUAGACCUGGUGCUCAGCUUAAGACAAUACAAGCUCAUCUAUACUCUCUUCCACAUCGUAGCCAUGUGCUCCACCUUCGCCAACCCGCUCCUGUACGGCUGGAUGAAUAAGAACUACAGGAAUGGGUUCCUCACGGUGUUCAGGUGUGAGGAUAAACCAGACAGUAUUCACCCUGAGGGAUCCUUCAGGACCCGGUCACUAAGGAGGAUGUCUCUGAACAGGAGGAACGGAGGAAACCCUCCUACUGCCGUCUGAUUGGUUGAUUGAUUGAUUUGCCGUCUGAUUGAGGCUGCUGUAUGGAGUGAUAUUAGCACCAUUAGAAAGAGAAUCUGAGGCUGCUGUAAAAAUUAAAAAUAAGCCUUGUCCGAGCCAGAACGGCCCAUAGGGCAGGAGUCCAUCUCCGGUUUCUGUACAGUGAACCAGAACGGCCCGUAGGGCAGGAGUCCAUCUCCUGUUUCUGUAGAGUGAACCAGAACGGCCCAUAGGGCAGGAGUCCAUCUCCUGUUUCUGUAGAGUGAACCAGAACGGCCCAUAGGGCAGGAGUCCAUCUCCUGUUUCUGUAGAGUGAACCAGAACGGCCCAUAGGGCAGGAGUCCAUCUCCGGUUUCUGUACAGUGAACCAGAACGGCCCGUAGGGCAGGAGUCCAUCUCCUGUUUCUGUAGAGUGAAC